ACGCACACAGGAGAAGUUUUUUUGCACAGUCUGUGUUGUCCUGCUGCGCGCGCACACCUCUGCUUUUUGGACUAGUGUUUAGUCAAAAUGUUUUCGGGACUCGGACUCUCACACUUCGCCUCGCCUGAACCCGCCAUGUAGCCUGGACGCACGCUGGACGCACGGGACUCUGGGGAGGAUACAACUGUUCGACUGGAUCGUUUUGCGGUCCUGGAGCCGCAGAGCGCACGGCUAGUCCCAUCUGGUUUGGCUGGUCUGGGUUCGGUUUGGUGUGCGGGAUCCAGGCGACCGCCCGGGCACCGACUGGCGGGACCAUGCUCCGGCCGUGGGCUGCGCACUGGAUCGCGGCCGUGCUCCUGCUGUGUCGGGCCGUGGCACAGUACUCCAGCGACCAGUGCAGCUGGAAAGGAAGUGGUUUGAGCCACGAGUCCCAUCGCAGAGAUGUGGAGCAGAUCUACCUUCGCUGCUCUCAGGGGUCUCUGGAGUGGCUCUACCCCAUCGGUGCCAUUAUUGUCAACCUGCGGCCAAACACUGACUCCUCGUUGGGACAUGUGGCGGGUCUCAAUGUGUGCAUCAAACCCCAGACUUACUCCCAGGGCUCUCAUAUGUACGUGGAGCGUGCCGGAGAUCUCAGGCUGCUGAUGGUCGAGGGCAACCAGGCUCAGAGCACAGUGCACUGUUUCAACCUGGCAGAGGGAGCUCUCUUUGUGGAAGCCAUCCCACAGAGCGACAUCAGCCGAAGGAUCACAGCCUUCCAGUAUGAGCUGGUGCCCAGUCAGGGGCCUGGGGCUCACAUGUAUCCAUUCCUGCAACCGGGUUUAGUUAACUGUAAACCCUGUUCGGAUGAAGAGCUCCUCAUGGCUGUUUGUACCAGCGACUUUGCUGGAAGUGGCUUCUUUCGAGGUAUGGCAUCAGGUUCCACCGACCACUCCUCUGUUGUGGUGACCAUGAGCCGGGUGUUUCGUCAGAAGAGCAGGGUGUUCGUUUGGGGCGGAGCCAGAGGGCGAAGCUGGGGCGGGCGUGUCAAUGUCCCCUCACAGUGCGGUUUGCAUCCUGGAGGAGAUGAGUACCUUUUGACUGGAUUUGUCCAUUUCGGAAAUGCCUGGCUUGGCUGUGCACCUCGCUACAAGGAUUUCCGGGAGCUUUAUAUCAGAGCACAGACAGCCGGAACAAACCCAUGUCAAAUAGACAUAGACUGAGGAUGGGUUGAAGUUCUGGAGGACGGAGCAACAUUUAGUUUGAGACAUUCAUAGAGACGAACAGGGAGAAAAGCCCUACGCUUAAGGCUUACUUUUGCCUUGCAGCAGAAAGGACACUAUGAACAGUUUUGCGCUGCCCAUUUGUGUGUGUGUGUGUGUGUGUGUGUGUGUGUGUGUGUGCGUGCGUGCAUGAGUGAGUGCGUGCAUGAGUGAGUGAGACAGAGUUAAUCGAGAUGAGCUUAAAUUAAAUUUAUGCCGAACUGCUUGAUUUAUUAAUUCUCAUGACGAUACCGCUUGUGUGAUCAUUCUUGAAAUGUAAGUUUGCUUUGUAAAAAGCUUUCUGUAAAAUUUAGGAGUCUUCUGACAGAAGUGUACAUUAUGCAGCUCUGUGAGUCUUUAUGUACCAAGUUUGUGUGUGUGUAUGUGUUUUGCUAUUGAAGUUGAAAGGGUCUUUAUAUUUACAGAAAAUAAACCACAGU